AUGGAUUUGAAAGACGAGGAUGCAGGGAAACGAAAGAAGAAAGCCAUGGUUCUUGUUGACUCCACAGAUUCAGACUCGAAAGGGUCUAUCAUGAAACCUGCGUUCUUAAAGAAAACAAAAGUGGAAGAUAUACCAAAGAAGGAGACUGUUGUUUCAGCCUCCAAACUCAAGAAAAAUGCCGAAACACCUGAAAUUCCACUUCAACCUGUUGACAUUGGCUCAGUAUUCGGCAACAAGCCCAUCCAGAGGAGCAAGGAAAUACCAGAGAAAAGGAAAAUAACAGUCAUUGAAGAUCACAGUGAUGAAGAUUUUGAAGCCACACUGCAGCAGUUGGCUGAAGCCCCAGUGACGAAAAAGUCAAAAGUGGUUGAAAAGUCAACAAGUAAAAAGGGCAAACCUGAUUCUCCAACCAAGAAAGAGAAAAUCAAAUCUCCUGCCAAGGAAAAGAAAUUAAAGUCUAGCCCUCCAUCUAAAAAUGAGAAAACAUCUUCAAAAGAGUCAGCCCGGGUGGAAGUAAAGAGGGAAUCUGACAAGUAG